CUGGCAGACUGGCAGUGUGUGUAAGCUCACUGCAGCGUUUGGAACUGAAGGUGGAGUGGGAUCGUACAGAGGCAGGCCUGUACAGAAGGGGGCACCUAGGUACCCAUCGGAGGAGGAUAAACCAAUAGAAAGACAGGGAAGAGGAGAUGACAGAAGAGGGCUGGACUUGACCCUAAAAAACUAACAAUUGUAACACCUUUUUGGGAUAUAACAGCUAAAUUGUCAAUGGGUUACUCAUACUUGUAACAUACCCCUCUGAAGAUUCUACCGCUACGAGAAUACUAGACGGAUUAUAUCAUAAUAUCAUCUACUAUCAGGAUCAUUGGAGACUGAUCUGAAGAUUCUUCCUCUGAGAUAUCACACCUGUAAUUAUAUAUACCGCACUGCAUUGUGUUGGGUUUCCACUGGGAGCAGUAGCUGAAUAUUGCUACAUUGUACCUCCUAAAAGGUGAAAUUCAGAUGUGAGGAAUGAAAAAGUGAUAAAUUGGCAGGUGUAAUGUUCUCACUUAAAACUGCUUCACGACAGUCUUAAAGAUAUAUGAUACGGACGUUACAUAUCUGGCGUGUCUGUGAGGAGACCUGCCAGUUAAAACACUCAUAUUAAUAUCACAUGGCUGGCUGAAAAGUCUGACCCUAUCCAGGUAAGGACUUUAUUUUCACCUGAAUGUUUAUGAAUGAAACUUUCAGGUACAUGCUUGUUAAUAGAUUCAGAAAUCUUAAAAAAAAAUUAUCCUGUAUUGUCAACCAAUAAUAUCGCUUGAAAUCUUAAUAUCCUUUGAAAAAAAAUGUGAUAUAUGUUUAUACGAGAAACUGAAAAUUUGCUGAUUGGUGAAAACUGUUGAGUGGUGACUGGUUCGUGUGAAACACAGGCUCCCUCAGGAGUCUGUUCUCAGCGGAAGUGACACAGGAGAGAUUAACUUGUGAUAUUAAUUAUAUCACUACUCAAGCCCAUUUCCAGGAGGAGCUUACAUAUAUUUGGAUUCUACAAUACUAAAGCUGUCAAAAGUUUACUUCCAUCAAACUUUUCAAUUUUUUACUUUUUUUUUUCUGGUACAGGACGGGAGAGAAUGUCUGGGAUCGGAUACCAGUACUAUUUCCUAGCUGAUAGCUGCUGAUCCCAAUUACACUAAACAACAAUUCAUAUACUAAAUAAGUCAAAAUCCUACAUUGGAAUUGAAUUUUGAGAAAAUAUCCUAGAAAGGAAAAACUUUUUUUAAUCAACAUACUUGUGACAGCAAAAAAAAGAAUUCAAAAUGCAGAAUAUUUGGAUUCUUGUUUUAACACUAACAGCUGUGUUUGAAAUUUGUGAAUUUAAAAAAGCCAAACUUGGACGAAAAAUUAUUCGAACACAGAGAUGCAAGUACACAUUCGUGGUCAAAGAAGUGGCCGCAGGACACUGCCCAACGUCCAUUCAACCUCCAAUCCAAUCGGACGACCAACAGCUCAUGUCCGGAGACAUGAGUACCCUAAUCAGCCGACUACAAGAGGUUGAGAAACAGUUGGAUGGGGAAAUGAUGAAAAAUAAUAAUUUAACUGAAAGUAUUUCCAAACAAGAAUUAACACUUAAAAAGGCGGACUACAUGUUAGAACAAUAUCGAUCCAAUUUUUCUAACCUCUUUCAUAUAAUCCACCAUUUAGAGCGGAGUUUACAUACUCAGCGGUCAAGCUAUAGGGACCUGGAGAAGAAGGUGUCCAGUGUUGUCCUGGAUGUGUUGGAGAUGAAUAAUAUACUGACCACGAAGGUCAGCCCCAGUGAUAACAGUAACCCAAUUCUUAAGGAUGUGCAAGUUCAAAGUGUCUCCAAAAUACACAACUGUGGCCUCUCCAACGUUGAUAACACCUUCUUAGACUGUUUAGAUGUCCUGAAUCGAGGUCACACCACAAGUGGUGUGUACUACGUAACACCAACAUACUCAUCAUGCUCAAUUCCUGUUUGGUGCGACAUGGACACACCACCUGGCGGCUGGUUACUAUUACAGAAAAGAAAAAAUGGUGCUGUCGACUUUGAUCGAUUUUGGAAUGAAUACAAAGAUGGAUUUGGUAAUGUGGUUUCUGAAUUCUGGAUAGGACUGGACAAUAUGUUCCUGCUGACAAACCAGGACCAUUAUGAGCUUCGAGUUGAUCUGUGGGACUUUGACGACAACCGCGUGCAUGCCCUUUAUAAAAAUUUCAAAAUUGAUGGGGAACGUGACAAAUACAAGCUUCAUGCAAGCCAUUAUGAGGGAAGUGCUCAAGACAGUUUAGAAAUGCAUAAAGGUAUGAAGUUUAGUACGCCAGACCAGGACAACGAUAACUGGAAUAACUAUCACUGUGCUCGGGAGUGGUCAUCUGGAUGGUGGUACAAUAACUGUUGGUCUGCAUUACUCAACGGACAAUAUCACAAUCGCUCAGAUGUUAAAUUUAGGGGAAUAACAUGGAAUAAUUGGAAACACGAACAACUUGCACGAACAGAAAUGAAAAUUCGUCCCAGCAGACUUUAUCAUAACAAUACCGUGCCACACAAGAGAUAAAAGUUAUAUAACUAAGAGUCAGUAUUCCUAGUGGAAACAUCUGUUGCUGUGAUCAAAUGUUUCAAUCAAGUGUCUUAAUGACAAUGACCAAACUCUUGGGCAGCAAAACACUUGAUAGCAAUAGAAAACUCAUACUGCAUGACUGACACAUCAUCAGCCAAGUACUCCACAAACCAAUUGUGCAAAGCCAUGCACACAAACUUUUGUACAAAGCAGAAUGAGACUCUUAAAUCCAAUGUUUAAAGUUCCUGAGUGACAAACAGAGUGGUCUAUGGACAAAAGAUUGGAACUUAUAACUUAUAAGUAACUUUAAACCUAUUACAUUCAUCAUUGUUGGGCUUAGGGCUAAUUUGCAGCUGUGAUACCUUGAGUUAGGAUUAUAUGUUUGGUGCUAGACAUAAUGUUUUAGCAGACAUUAGUACUCCUCCCCCACUAACCCUGGUAUACAUCAGACUGGAGUAGAUUAUUAGUAAUGGGAAGUAGAGAGUAAUUUAGACUGAUGUAAAUAGCCAAAAGACUAUAUGUCUGCUUCCAGGCAGUUGUCAUAUACUCAAAGAGAGGUGAUAUUACAAACAGGAGAAAUGGUGCCAUGUACAAUAUUUUUUAUACGAUUUGUACCAAUAUUAUACAAAGGCCAGUAUUAUGAGGUAAGGGCAAUCACACACAUAUGUAUGCAUGGCUGAGCGAGCAUUUGUUAUUUUAUUCCAGCCACAUCGCUUUAUAACUACUCAUGAGCAUUACUUUAUGAAUAUUCAUGAAACUCCUUUUUUUUAAUUGGUACUGUCUUAUUAUAGAGAUCUAUACACUUUAUCAGGGCUUUUCUCCUCCCUGGCUAAGAAAGUAAGACCCAAAAAACUUAUAUAUGGAAUACUGUGAUUGUGCACAUUUUAGCUGUCACCAUAUCAUAGCUAAUUAUAUGUACUUUCAAAAACUGAAUUAGGAAGGUCCUGAUCCAAGGGUCCUUCAUAUUGUUUUGUGUAAGUCAUAUUGUGGCUGACACACAAAUUCAUCAAUAUAGCUGUAAUUUGACAUUUUAUGAUGUGUUAAAAUAUGUGUACACUAAAAUAUGGACAUUUACAGUAUACAGAGGAAAGUGAAAGAGGCGAAAGUUAUUGUAGAGUGAAUGUAAGUUACAUAUUGUUUGAUGAAAAUGUAUUAAGCUAUUUAUAGGCUAAUAACUCCAACAGUAAAUACAUACAAUGUGUUUACCUUAAAAGGCAUUCAAUAUAUUAAUAAUUCUCAUUUACAUUUGAUGUUUGUCAUCUUAUGUUAAAAAUCAAAACUCACAAAAUUUGAUAAUCAUGUAUGUUUGACUGAUGGCCAUUCUAUCAAAGCACGCCAAAAUGAUGACAUCUAUGACUUGAGCAUGUCUUCUUCCAAACAUUUCAAAGAAAAAUUGUCAAGCCAUAUAUAUAUA